AUGGCGGACCUGCUGACAGAGAAGAUCGGCAAGCCGCAAGUGCCGAAAAUGGAUGCUGCCGAAGAAGAUUGGGAGGAGCUCUACAGCAGUCUGAUCUCCCAGAUGGUCCCAUCGCGGGACGAGAUCGUGCGGGCGACGCCGGCAUACCGGGUCCUCCAGUGUAUGGGUCGGCCCCUUCGGGUGCGCGGCGGCGAGCUGUAUGCGCUCAGCUGCCCAACCACCCGAAUUGCAUCAUUUUGGUCCCAUAGUUGGCAUGGGCCGACCUGGUUCAAGAUUCUGACGCUCUUCGCCGUGAAGAACGGCAUGGCGGCUGCGGCGCUGAGUACGACCUCAGCUGUGCUGAUGGGCAUUCUCUACAGCGCCGGUGCUCUCCCCGACUUCUUUGGUCAGCUUGGCUGGUGUUCCUUCGUCGCCGCCAUUGUAUAUUCCUGCACUUUCGUCUUUUGGCAGAGUCGCCAGCCCGUCUUCGUCGACCGGAUCUGCAUUCCCACAUAUGACGACAUGGUCAAAGGAGAAGCGCUCAUAAGUCUGGGUGCGUUUCUGAAAUGCGCUGACUCUAUGCUCGUACUCUGGGAUCCCAGCUUCAUGGACCGUUUGUGGUGUAUGUUUGAAGUCGGAGCAUUCUUACAUAGUCGCCAACGGGGCAGAAAGCCACUGCUGACUAUCCGGCCGACUGUUCUAGGUCCUGUUGUUGUCGCCAUCGUUGCCGAGCUGGUCGUGAUCAACGCGGUUGCUACACUUGCCUGGGGCUGGAUCGGAGCCCCUACGGAGUUCUAUCUCGUCGUGACAGCCAUGUGCAGUGUGCCCCUGUUCCUUAUCAUCCACGUUAGUCGUGGUUACUGCCGGACGGUCGAGAAGCUGCAGGACGACAUGGCUCACUUCAGCAUCGAGAACCUGACCAGCUAUUGCUGCACUGUGGAUCACAAGGACCCGUCGACAGGGGAAGACAUGCAUUGCGACCGGAAGAUUAUCUUGCAAUGUAUUCGCACAUGGUUUGGGACGGUUCAAGCCUUUGAGCAGAGAGUCCAGUCGGAGGUUUUGCAACUCCUCGUCGACCAGCUCUCGAACGAGGUGUUUUCCUACGCGCAGGCAGUGGCCAUAACCACACCCGUCUUCUGGGGGUAUUUGGAUUUCGGAUUCGAUUGGAUCCGCCGCGGCAACAUCUCCACUGCGGUGCACAACUUCAUGCGCGGUCUGACAUACAUGUUCGCAGUUUCACCAACAUUAUUGUUGCUGUUAUUCCGACUGGCUUACUGGGUGCGCAGGCAGCGCUCACUGCUAUUGGAUCCUCUUGUGUCAUUGCUGGUCUUCUUAGCCGCUGCGGUCUUCUUCCUCGCGCACUCGGCCUAUGAUGUGCUGCUUUAUACCGUCAUCUUUCCAGAGAUGCGCAUUCUGGCAGGAACUCUUUUCUCAAUUCCGGCGUUCUUGCUGGCGGUCUUUGUUUGGCGGACUAUACCACUAAUAGCGUUGCACCGUUCCAGUGAACAGGUGUCACCGAGGCCACAUGCAUCUUAG